AUGACGCAGAUACGCGGAAUGGAGAUGCCUGCUAUUUUUGCGCCCAGCUUCACUCUGUUCUAUGAUGAGUGCCAACGAUGGAUCAAGGAUGUGGAUGAGAAUCCAGAGUCACUCGAGGAGAUGAGACUCUUUGAAGAAUCUUCCUACUUUGUCAACAUGACUGAAGACAUUUCCCUGAGGCUUGGACUAUCCAACAUCACCAGAGAGGACCUGGAGAUCAUGUAUGAAAGCUGCCGCUUUGAGGUUGCAUUACAACUCCCCAAUGCACCCUGGUGUGCUGCCUUUUCACCUGAAGAUUUUUUUAUACUUGAGUACUGGCAAGACCUCAAAUACUACUGGCAGGAUGGAUAUGGAUAUUCUGUCAACUAUGAACAAGCCUGCCCUCUUCUGCAGGAUCUGGUUAUGCAUAUUAGGGCAGCAGAGAAGGGGGCAGAGAAGAGGAAAUUGGGGGCCUUCUAUUUUGCCCAUUCGGGAACCCUUGGAAAGAUGCUAGCAAGACUAGGGCUCUUCCGCAGUCCUGAAACCAACAUGACUGCAGAGGAUUUUGAACUGAAUCAUGAUCGGGAAUGGCAGACGACAGAGAUCCUUCCAUUUGCUUCUAACCUGAUUGUUGCCUUAUACCAUACUCCAGAAGGCCCUCAAGUCAUGACAUUCGUUAACGAGCGUCUAGUCGGACUGCAAAUGGUAGACUCCUUCCUGGAGGAGUUUGGACCGAUUGCUGACAACUGCAGCUUCAAGGAAAUCUGCAAGCUUCGGUGAUGCUAUGCAAGCUGGUUCUUCAAUAUAAUAUCUCACAGGCU